GGUUUCCAGACCAUGAGAGGCCUGUCUGGACCGAUGACGUGCUCUGAACGCCGCCCAAGAUGCCGGUUUCUGAGCUGGAGGAUAUGUCUGCAUGGGACCUUGAAGGAGUUGCUCUUGGGAGAGUGUUAUAGUUUUGCUGCUGGACUCUUCCCUCCCUUCCCCCACCCCAUCAGGAUGAUAUGAGACUUGAAAGAAGACGAUGCAUACAGGAGGAGAGACUUCAGCAUGCAAACCUUCAUCUGUUCGGCUCGCACCGUCAUUUUCAUUCCAUGCUGCUGGCCUUCAGAUGGCUGGACAGAUGCCCCAUUCACAUCAGUACAGUGACCGUCGCCAGCCAACCAUAAGUGACCAACAGGUUUCUGCCUUAUCUUAUUCUGACCAGAUCCAGCAACCUCUAACCAACCAGGUGAUGCCUGAUAUUGUCAUGUUACAGAGGCGGAUGCCCCAAACCUUCCGUGACCCCGCAACCGCUCCGCUGAGGAAACUCUCUGUUGACUUGAUCAAAACAUAUAAGCAUAUUAAUGAGGUUUACUAUGCAAAAAAGAAGCGGAGACACCAGCAGGGCCAGGGAGACGACUCUAGUCAUAAGAAGGAGAGGAAGGUUUACAACGAUGGUUACGACGACGACAACUAUGACUAUAUUGUAAAAAACGGAGAGAAGUGGAUGGAUCGUUACGAAAUCGACUCCUUGAUAGGCAAAGGUUCCUUUGGACAGGUUGUUAAGGCCUAUGACCGUGUGGAGCAAGAAUGGGUUGCCAUUAAAAUCAUAAAGAACAAGAAGGCUUUUCUAAAUCAAGCCCAGAUAGAAGUGCGACUCCUUGAGCUCAUGAACAAACAUGACACUGAGAUGAAAUACUACAUAGUGCAUUUGAAACGCCACUUUAUGUUUCGAAACCAUCUCUGUUUAGUUUUUGAAAUGCUGUCCUACAACCUCUAUGACCUACUGAGGAACACCAAUUUUCGAGGGGUCUCUUUGAACCUAACACGAAAGUUUGCACAGCAGAUGUGCACUGCACUGCUUUUCCUUGCGACUCCAGAACUUAGCAUCAUUCACUGUGAUCUAAAACCCGAGAAUAUCCUUCUCUGUAACCCCAAACGCAGUGCAAUCAAGAUUGUUGACUUUGGCAGUUCUUGUCAGUUGGGGCAGCGGAUAUACCAGUAUAUUCAGAGUCGCUUUUACCGGUCUCCAGAGGUGCUACUGGGAAUGCCUUACGACCUUGCUAUCGACAUGUGGUCCCUUGGGUGUAUUUUGGUUGAAAUGCACACUGGAGAACCUCUGUUCAGUGGCGCCAAUGAGGUAGAUCAGAUGAAUAAAAUAGUGGAAGUUCUGGGUAUUCCACCUGCUCAUAUUCUUGACCAAGCACCAAAAGCAAGAAAGUUCUUUGAGAAGUUGCCAGAUGGCACUUGGAACUUAAAGAAGACCAAAGAUGGAAAACGGGAGUAUAAACCACCAGGAACCCGUAAACUUCAUAAUAUUCUUGGAGUGGAGACAGGAGGACCUGGUGGGCGUCGUGCAGGGGAAUCGGGUCAUACCGUAGCAGACUACUUGAAGUUCAAAGACCUCAUUUUAAGGAUGCUUGACUAUGACCCCAAAACUCGAAUUCAACCUUACUAUGCCCUGCAGCACAGUUUUUUCAAGAAAACAGCUGAUGAAGGUACAAACACGAGUAACAGCGUGUCCACAAGUCCCGCGAUGGAGCAGUCGCAGUCCUCGGGCACCACCUCCAGCACUUCGUCCAGCUCAGGAGGAUCGUCGGGGACGAGCAACAGUGGGAGAGCCCGGUCGGACCCGACGCACCAGCACCGGCACAGCGGCGGGCACUUCUCAGCCGCCGUCCAGGCCAUGGACUGCGAGACCCACAGUCCCCAGGUGCGUCAGCAAUUUCCUGCUCCCCUUGGUUGGUCAGGCACUGAAGCUCCUACACAAGUCACUGUCGAGACUCAUCCUGUUCAAGAAACAACCUUUCAUGUAGCCUCUCAACCUAAUGCAUUGCAUCAUCACCAUGGAAAUAGUUCCCAUCACCACCACCACCACCACCACCACCACCACCACCAUGGACAACAAGCCUUGGGUAACCGGACCAGGCCAAGGGUCUACAAUUCUCCAACGAAUAGCUCCUCUACCCAGGAUUCUAUGGAGGUUGGCCAUAGUCACCACUCCAUGACAUCCCUGUCUUCCUCAACUACUUCUUCCUCUACAUCUUCCUCCUCUACUGGUAAUCAAGGCAAUCAGGCCUACCAGAAUCGCCCAGUGGCUGCUAAUACCUUGGACUUUGGACAGAAUGGAGCUAUGGACGUUAAUUUAACCGUCUACUCCAAUCCCCGCCAAGAGACUGGCAUAGCUGGACAUCCAACAUACCAGUUUUCCGCUAACACAGGUCCCGCACAUUACAUGACUGAAGGACAUCUGACGAUGAGGCAAGGGGCCGAUAGAGAAGAGUCCCCCAUGACAGGAGUUUGUGUGCAACAGAGUCCUGUAGCUAGCUCGUGACUACAUUGAAACUUGAGUUUGUUUCUUGUGUGUUUUUAUAGAAGUGGUGUUUUUUUUCCAAAAAACAAAGUGCAAAGCUGCUUGAAUCAGAAGGAGAUUAACACACUGAACCGCUACAGGAAGGCAAAGCUGAUGUGUUGUUUUUUUUAACUUGAAAAGAUUGCAAAGGGACAAUGAAGUUUUUAAAAGAGCCAUGUCCGCACCCAUCUUCACGGAUAGCUCAGAGAGGUCCUCUUUCCGCCUCCCCCAUUUUAACUUGCCACAUCCCAGUCCUAGUGGGGUUUUUGUCUAUUCCACAAAAGUUUAAUGUUCAGAUGUUGGUCUUGGUCAUUUGCCAACUAAUUUUAAAAUAAAAAGGCACUGCACAGAUUUGCAUAAAGGGCCCCAUAAGGGUGUUUUUUCCUUUUUGUUUUUCUUUUUUUUCCCCUUUUCUGUUUUUUGUUUUCGUUUUUGUUUGUUUGGGGUGGGGGUGGGAAAUUUGGGUUUUCAAGUCCUAAACACACUCGGGCACGGAACGCAGUACUGUAAGGAAGAGGGCCUCCAGCUCACGCAGACGUUGCCGGCGGCUCUGUGGAAGGGGCGGCUGCGGGGAGUCUGUGAGGCAUAGGAAGCGUGCUAAGUGGCGGGGAUCAGAACUCUCCUGUCUGAACCUACUGAGGAGCGAAGCAGCAAUUACACGGGAUCCUGUGGGUCUCCUGUCGGAGGGGCCACAGUGAGAUAGGAAUGGAGCGUGACCGGCCCCCCGACAAGGUGCACUGAGAAGCAGUCAACGGGCCGGUCACGGCCGGCCCCGGGGAGGUCUGAGCGGUGGUCUUCGGGAUAGCCUUUGGCCUUAUGGAUUUGGACUCGACAUUAGAAGAGCCUGCCAUUUCAGAUGCAAUCACUUCUGGACACGCUUUUGCAGACAGUCCUUAAUGCUGAAAACACAGAGAAUGGGUAAUUCAAGAGGCCUUUCUUUUAAAAUAGACUUUUGUGACCCACUAAUUGUAAGGUAUUGCAAGGUCACUUUGCGUGUGUCAUAAAGUUGACUUCCUUAUUGGUUGAAGGUCACAGAGGUAGUGGUUUGCUUUGACGGAAAUAGCUACAGCUGUGUCCCUUCCUGCUUUUUACUUUUUCUUUUGCUUUUUCUCGGCACGUGGUAUCUCCACCAUUUCUUCUGCACAAAGAUGUCUUCUGUUCAUCCUGAACAUUUUUAAAAAAUGCAGAAUUUUAUGUGACUGCUUUUUUGCCUCACAAUUAUGCUGUGAAUUUUACAAAAAUUUAUUUUCUUUUUUGAUAAUUUAUUGUACCAAAGCUGUUUUUAUAGCACAUAGAUGUCUGUAACCAAUAAUGUAGCAGUUCUGCACUUUGACACAAGGUGUAACUAGACCAUUUUUAAAUGUCAGUUGAAAUUAUGGCUGUACUAUUGCUUAAACAAAACUGGAACUGUUGUCGAAUCCAUAGCCAAUACAUUUACAGCAAUCUGUGUACUGAACAUAAUAGAUUGACAUCUAAUUCAAGACUCCAACAUCUGUUACAUUCUGAAUGUGUUCAGGCUUCUGAAGGGAGAGGGGCACUGGGUCCAGAAGCUGUGGAGCCAGCAGUCGAUUCUUGUAUCCCUGAGUAAUCUACUUGUGAACUUGAAAGCGAGACCUUGGUUGCACCAACAGGUCCAAAGUAAGAUCACGAGCAAAGCGAAAGUCUCCUGUGUGACCUGAAGCAAACAGGCUGGUGUUGAACAGGUGCCUAGUUUCGAGAUUAUGCUGCCUUAAUGUAACACAGUCUGGCAGUUGCUAAAUUUGUGUUGUUCCCAUUUUAAAUUGACCAAUUUUAGGGUGUUACACUUUUGAGCGGUUGAAUUGGGAGAAUGAAGAUGAGCAAUUUACCUGUCCAGGAUCAAAAGAAGCCUAGAAAAGAAGCAGUAAUCUACCUCUGCCGAUAACCCUGUUCAAAACAACUCAGCAGAACACCACCUUACUUUUCACUGGUCAGUUCCAUGUGGCUGGCUAGUCAGUUUUUUUCUGAACAAAAGCAGGUUUUUAUAUGUAAACAGUAACAAAAGAAAGGCUUAAAACUAUGUGGAUGUGAAUGGAAACUGGGAAAUACUCAUUUUUAUAUACCACAAAUUUUUUUGUUAUUAAUCAGGACACCCAUAUUUAUUUUGUAAUUAAAUGUCAAGCCUGUGGAUGAUUUUUGAACUUGGUAGUUCAUAAAGGUUUACAGUGAAUAAAAGGAUAUCAUCUUGCGUAUAGCAACAUCAAAAGGAAUUCAGUAGUUACUGCUGUUUAGGAAUAUAAGGUAAAGAUACUUCUAUGGGUCAGGUCAUUUUUUUCUGUGCUGGUUGCCACAUCUUAAAAAGCACCAAAAAUCAAAAGCAGUUUUUAAACCGCUAUUUACAUAAAGGAAACCAUAAAAUCUAAUGCUUCUGCAUACUGUGUUAUGUUACAGUCCAGUUUUGUGUGCUUUACUACACGGUUUGGUUACAGGACUUCUGUGCAUUGUAAACAUAAACAGCAUGGAAAAGGUUAAAUACCUGUGUGCAGAUUGUAAGAUCUGGUCCGGACUUGCUGUGUAUAUUGUAACGUUAAAUGAAAAAGAACCCCCCCCUUUGUAUUAUAGUCAUGCGGUCUUAUGUAUGAUAAACAGUUGAAUAAUUUGUCCUCA